AUGCAACCACCUCCACAUAGUGAACAAUCCAGGGACAUAACCACUGUGGCCAUGAAUGCGAUCCUCCAAAGGAUGCAGGAGAUGGAGAACAGAUUCUUGGCUCAACAAGGGCUGAAUGCCCAGAGGAUGGAGGCGCUGGAGGCUGAGCUGCGAAAUCAAAACCUUGUGGGACGAGCUGGAGGAGCAGGCAGAGGUGGAAGAGAAGGCCGAGGUGGAUGCGCAGGCCAGGCUAAUGAGCCACAACAUCAAAACGCGGCCACGACAAAAGGAAAUAUGCAGAAUCCCCACCAUGACAACCACCAGGAGGGCGGAGGACCAGUCAACAACAAAGGAGAUAAUUAUCUCCUUGAUGAGGAGGCUAACAAUAGCCCAUUCACUGAAAGGCUCAUGAACUUGGCAAUACCGCCGAGAUUCAAGAGUGCCAAGAUACCACCGUACGACAGAAGUCAAGACCCGGAGGCCCAUUUAGAGGCUUUCAAGACCGAAAUGUUAUUCAAUGGGAUAACUGGACCUAUCAAGGCCAGAAUCUUCGCUGCGACGUUAACAGGCCAGGCAAUGGCCUGGAUAACCAGGCUUCCCAGGCACUCGAUUGACUCGUUCGAGGACCUAGCCCGAACUUUUCGGUUGAAUUUCGCAACAAGCAAGGCGCAUCCAAUGUCGGCCUAUGCCUUGGGAAGAAUCCGACAAAAGGAGAAUGAAUCAUUGAGGAAAUACCUCGAUAGGUUCAAAGAUGCCGCCCUAAAGGUUCAGAAUUUAACUGAGCCAGUACACUUGCAUCUGAUCAUCUCGGGAUUAGAUGGCGAUUCUCCACUGGCAAAGUCAAUUUACAAGAACCCGGUCAAUGACUUGGAGGAGUUCCGACGAAGGUCGGACAAGUACAUUGAUGUCGAGGACAUGCAGAAGGCUUAUGGGGAAUCUAGAGGUCGAAGCCCGAAUCACGGGAGUCCGAGUAAGAAAAACAACAAAGACCGGGACCAGCGCGGAUCGAAGAAAUCGAAGGACACUCGUGAUAAGAGGUCGGAAGAUCUGUCUCCAAGGAGGAAAUAUGAUGAUUACACGCCCUUGAACAUGUCCAGAUCUCGGAUAUGGAAAGAGAACGGUCAUAUCACGGAUGACUGCUGGGACCUCCGAGAUGCCAUCGAAAAGCACAUCAGAAAGGGUGAAUUAAAGCAGUACAUCAUCCAAACUCAGGGCAAGAAGAAUAAUAAGCGAAGGCAAAGAAACCGGAGCCAAAGUCGAAGCCUAAAGAGAGAGGACAGAAAGGAUCAGAAACAAGACCGCCCUGCAAAGGGAAAAGAGGUCGAAGAUAAAGAUGAGUCUUUUCAAGAGGCUGAAUUUGAAUGCAACGUGAUAAGCAGAGCUCUGGGAGGAGGAGGAGACACGGCCAAUGCAAGAAGAAAGUACCUGAAGGAGGUCAUGUCGGUAAGAGACAGGCCGACCUUCAAAGGGAAAGCCAGUAAUCCUGCUCCCCCAAGAUUGUUUUUCACUCAGGAGGAACUAGCAAUGGUCGUACCCGGACACACCGACGGCUUGGUAAUCACCGGAGUGCUAGUCAACUACCGGGUCAAGAGAAUCUUUAUUGAUCAUGGAAGCUUGACAGACAUAAUUCUCUGGGAUGCUUUCCAGAGGAUGAACCUGGACGAGAAUGACUUGAAACCAUGUGUCACCGAGCUGGUCGGGUUCAACGGAGCGGCGUCCCCUCCAAAAGGCUACAUUGAUUUGAAGAUGACCUUAGGCACGAAGGAUGCAUUGUGA